AUGGCACCCGUCGAAGAUUUGGUGGAUGUCGCCACUGCAUGUGCUAGGCGCGAGCCGGUCAAUGUAGUCGGUGUCGUGGUCGACCAGAUGAGCGCCAUGUCUACCAGAGGGGGUUCAUUCUGCAUCACAUUCGAGAUAAAGGAUGAGCAUUUUGAUGAUCGCGCCUGGGAGAAUAGUUUGAAAGUCAGGUACUUCGCCGACAAUGAGAGUCAUCUACCGCAUGUACUUCUUAACGAUGUAGUUUUGUUCCGCAACAUUCGGAUCACCAAUUACCAAAAUAGGCCACAUGGAGUUGUUGGUCAAAAUCAAAAAGUUUCCUGGGCAAUCUUUCGACCAGAGAUUGAUGCCAGCAAAGACCCCGCUAUCACCACCGGACCAAAUGAGUUUUCUCCGACUUCAACGGAGAAGAAAAAGGCAUUGGAACUACUGGACAAGGCUGCGCCUUUCCUACAGCUUCCCCUGGCCCGGUCUAGUCGACGAAGUGAUCUUCCAGCCCCAUCUUCCACAGUGAUUGAGGCUUCCAUCUCUUCCAAGAAAUCGCAGUUCACGAACGUGACUUUGAUAAAGGAUUUGCAGCCUGAUCGUUUCUGUCGGGUAGUCGGGCAGGUGGUUAAAGAUCAUCACUACGAGGGCGACAAGAGUACUAUUUGGAUCACCGAUUACACAGAACAGGGCGACCUCCCUGAUCACGAAAAAGACGGGGAAGACACCGGUAGUCAUGGAGAUCCCUACGGCCAUUUGUCCAACAAGAAGCAGUGGCCUGGCCCAUGGGGGAGGUUUACAUUGCAGGUCACGCUUUGGGACCCACAUGCCACUUUCGCAAGGAAAAAUGUUAAAAUAGGUGACAUUGUUCUCUUGACCUAUGUUCGACCCAAGUUCAGCAGCUAUGGCGGACUCGAAGCUGCCGUUCACGAAGAUAAAAGGUUUCAGAGAAAUAUUCAUAUCCAAACCGUUUCACCCGAUUAUGAUAAGGACGCGCAAGAGCUCAUGAAGCGUCGAAAGGAGUACUGGAAGAUUCAUGGCACAAAGAAAGAGGAGACCAGGCCCGCGAAAAAACAGAGGAAAUUCCAAGAGAAGGCCAAAGAACAGCGUAAAGAAGAGGGUCAAACUGCACUGCCGGUGAAAGCAGCAGCAACAGCCCCAAAGACACAACAGAACCCUAAUGUCAAGCCCCGUGAAUAUGGAGUUACAGAAACCUCAGUGGAUUCCCUCCUGUCUGCUGAAACCCAUAUCAUUUCACUCCCGGGUGGUGUCAGCUACAAGGUCCCCUUUCAAAAUGUCUGCUACGCUCUUGUUGUCCGGGUCGUCGACUUCUAUCCCCCAAAAUUGGAAGACUUUGCGGUGCAAGUUCAAUCAACAUCUAUUGUCGACCGAGACAGCGAACAUAUGGCCUGGGAUUGGCGUUUCUGCCUUCUAGUCGAGGGUGUUGAACCUCUUAUGAGCAAAAAUCAACAGCGAGAACGAGUAAAGAUAUUCGUCUCUGGCGCAGAAGCUGAACAUUUGCUAUGUCUCGAUGCCACCAAUCUCCAUCUAGAUAGCGACCGAUUAGAUGAGCUCCGGGAGAAGCUUGCAAUUCUCUGGGGUGAUCUCGAGGAGAAAAAAAGGGGGGAGCCAAAGGAUAUUAAGGGUAAGCCAUGGGCGCCGGUCAAGUGUUCAAACUUGCCUUUCAAGUGUUGUAUCAAAGAGUACGGAGUUCCCUGUCGCCAUUCGGAAGACACGGACGCCAUGGCUAUUGAUGAGCAACUUUGUGUACAAAAGGACUGUUUCGGAUGGGAGCGACGAUUUUCCCUUUACGCGACGACGAUUCAUGACCAAUCUAAAUGA